AAGCGGCUGUGGCACCAUUCUCGCAUGGACUAUGGUCAACAAAUCUAUUCACGACAACAAGAACACGCCAGCAACGAGCACCUGAGGGCGGUCUCCAUGGUAACCGGCACCCAAGCGCCAAACAGAGAUCUCCUCAUUCGCUGCGGCUUCUUACUUGGCUUCCGAAAUGUUCUCCGGAGAACCCACAGACUUCAUGAAUAACGACCUUCCUCCAUCAAAGAAUGAGGACCAAAGAGCGCGUGGGCAACUCUGUUUGAUGCCAGGAAUGUCCCAGAACGCUGAAGGUCAGAAGAAGAUCGGGAGGCGGUUUGGAGUCCAGGAGGGAGACUCGGAGUAUAUCAAGCUGGCAAAACAAGGAGGACACAAAGAUCUUUUGUGGCAUGGACAGGAAUGCACUGUGAAGGAUGUUCCAAGCAAACCAGCAGGUUUUUUCUACCACGCUGGUGACGACAAACAUCAAUACUGUGGCGACGAGGGAAGGAGGAAUCCAGCCCCCUCUCGGAGACGAGAUCCUCCUUUUGGGAGCGACAACAUGUCGACAUGGGAGAGGGAUGACAACUGCAACAACUAUGAGGAGAAGGUGACCAACGCAGUUCAACCACCUACCGUUCACUUCCACCCUCAGCAGGGGGAGGAUCUGUUGGCUGCCCAGCCAUCUUCAGUGAGCAGCAAGUACAAGCGGAGGAUAUUUGACAAGAAGCCGGCACCUGUGGACAUGUCCAAACUCCUCAGCUUCGGUUACGCUGAAGACAAGACAACGGCAGACAACAACAACUGUGCAGCCUCUGACUGAAGCGGAGAGACGACUGAGAGACAGGACGAGACACCAUUCGCAUCCGGCUCAUCUGGGGCUUCUCAACAUCCAACAGUAAAUUUGUCAAGGUUCUGAAUAAAAUGAAGAGAUGCAAGACUUUAAGGAGCACUUCAGCAUCACUCUAUAAAACAGCAACGCUUCCUUUUGAUCAUAAGUUGACCCAUUGUUCAUAAAAAUAAGGCGUCUCGGCUGUCAACAAAUAAAAUGUAAAAGUUUGUUCCUGAUUUCUUAUUCAACUAAUAAAGAGCUCCUUGCAUCAGACAA